AUCUUCAUCAUCAUCUGCAUCUACACAGCACCAACUUGAAGAGUGAAAGAUAUGUCCACGGCUGCAUUUUCCAGAGGAGCACCCUCCAUGUUUUCCAAGCCGAUGAUGAUUCGGAAAGCCUACCAUAGGAAGAGCACUGGUAAUUCUUCUUCUGAUCAUACUUUGCGAGAGACGAGCAAUAAGGUGGAUGGUGAAGAAAUGAAGAUGAAGAAAAGACAUUUGGGAGAUGAUGGGGGUUGCCGUUGGGUUCCUCAUGGCAGGACUGGGAUUUUUUAUCCUGAGGGCCAAGAGAAAGUUAUGGAAGACAUUCCUCCUGAAGCUGCAAAGGAUAUUCCUGUUAUUAAUUACUUCUCACACAACUAA